AUGAGAGUCAGUACCGCUGUCAAGACAGCAUUUUUUUUUCUUCUUAGCAAAAGCACCAUUGCUGAAAGUGCAAAGACCACUCGGGGCUUUCUUCAGACUUGGCCCAUUCCUGAAGGUGUUCCUGUCGCAACCUCUUUUGACGUCAAGGCUCGCGUCCCCGGUGGCAAGUGGGGAAGGAUUGAAACAUAUCAACCUGUUCUCAACGAGGUUAACUUUACCACCGGCGGUUCCAUCAAGCACAAUUCGUCACUGGCUUAUUUCGACUUUAACGAGAAGUCUGGCUCGGUUGUUACCUUUACCUUGGAUAAGCCGCGAGAUAUUAUUGUUCAAGUUAACGACGACAUCUUUGAUGUUCUGCACAUCUUCACCAACCCCCCAGAUACAAACGUUCCCUCCGAGGAGGAUAAGGAUCUCAUGAACUACGGCCCUGGCUAUCAUAAGCUCAACUCUACCCUCGAGGUCGGAUCUGGCAAGACUCUGUAUGUCGCCGGCAGAGUAGUGAUCUCAGCUCCUGAUAUCACUGUAACCAACGCGACCGAUGUGACCAUACGUGGACGUGGUCUCUUGUACAGUCCAAAGGGAAAUUCUGUACAGGUCUACCGUUCCAACAACGUCUUGGUCGACCGACUGGUCGGCAUCAACUUUCUCCCUAGAGCUUACGAGUCAAAAGACGUAACUUUCAGUCAUUGGCGUGACUUCAGCGCCGUGCAGUGGGGGGGAUGGCAUGGACACGACUGUAUCGCUGUUUACGCUCAUCGCGAUGAAUGGUACGGGAACUCAACGAAUAUCACCAUUCAAAACUCAAUUCUAUGGGCUGAUGUCGCGCAUCCAAUUAAUAUUGGUACCCAUGGCAAUACGGAGGACCCCGAGACCAUCGCAGGUCUAACUAUUCGCAACAUUGACAUUCUCGACCAAAGAGAGGGACAGGUCGACUACCAGGGAACCAUCGCACUGAAUCCUGGAGAUGGCAAUCUCAUCCAAGACGUCUUGAUUGACGAUGUGCGCGUCGAAGACAUUCGUGUUGGUCAAUUGCUCAACUUUCGUGUCAUGUACAACACCAAAUACAACACGUCACCGGGACGAGGGAUCAAGGACGUGUUAGUGCUUGAUUUGAAGUACACUGGGACAAAGGCCAGCAUGUCCAUUUUUGUCGGUUAUGAUGAGGACCGGACGAUUAGCAAUGUUACCUUCGAAAAUCUGGUUAUCAAUGGAGAGGUCAUCUCGGAUGACAUGCAGAAGCCGGGCUGGUAUUUGACCACGGAUUUCAUUCCGGCAUAUGCAAACGAGCAUGUGCACAACAUGACUUUCACGUCCUGA